AUGGGUUUGGUGGUAGUCAUAGUGAUAGGUUUGGUGGUCAUAGUGAUAGGUUUGGUGGUGGUCAUAGUGAUAGAUUUGGUAGUAGUCAUAGUGAUAGGUUUGGUGGUGGUCAUAGUGAUAGGUUUGGUGGUCAUAGUGAUAGGUUUGGUGGUGUGUCAUAGUGAUAGAUUUGGUAGUAGUCAUAGUGAUAGGUUUGGUGGUGGUCAUAGUGAUAGGUUUGGUGGUCAUAUUGAUAGCUUUGGUGGUGGUCAAAGUGAUAGGUUUGGUGGUGGACAAAGUGAAAGGUUUGGUGGUAGUCACAGUGAUAGAUUUGGUAGUAGUCAUAGUGAUAGGUUUAGUGGUGGUGGUAGUGAUAGGUUUGGUGGUGGUCAUAGUGAUAGAUUUGGUGGUGGACAUAGUGAUAGGUUUGGUGGUAGUCAUAGUGAUAGAUUUGGUAGUAGUGAUAGUGAUAGGUUUUGUGUUGGUCAUAGUGAUAGGUUUGGUGGUCAUAGUGAUAGGUUUGGUGGUGGUCAUAGUGAUGGGUUUGGUGGUGUGUCAUAG